GACACAACACCAUGAAGUUUCCGUCGGGCGCAUUGUUUGAGCACACGAAUUGCCUGCUGAAUCGCAGAAAUCGUUACCAGUUUCUGGCAACGUUUCUAGUGAACAUUUCGACCUUCGCACAUGGCAUCGGCGUAGGUUGGAUGUCGCCGGUGAUGCGGCAACUGCAAACUCCGGAGUCGCCACUCAGCUUCGAGGUGUUCGUGGAGGAGCUAUCCUGGAUUGGCUCAUUGCUUGGCAUUGGCAGUGUCAUAGGCAAUUUGCUGGCCGGUUUUCUUCAGGAUCGCAUUGGACGCAAGCCCAUUAUGUUUGCCCUAACUGUGCCGUAUGUGUGCUUCUGGCUGUUGUCCUACUUCGCGCAGAGCGUGGAGUAUCUGUACUUGGCUCGUCUAUUGGCUGGCAUAACGGGCGGCGGUGGCUAUAUUGUGUUUCCCAUAUUCAUCAGCGAAAUCUCGGAUGCCAAAGUACGCGGUCGUCUUAGCUCCUUUGUUAUGCUUUCUGUCAACAUGGGCGUGCUGGUGGGUUACAUAUUAUCCACAAAUGUUGGCUACUUUACGGCACCCUUCUGUAUUAUACCCCUGCCCAUUUGCUAUUUUAUAAGCAAUCUGUUCCUGCCCGAAACGCCAUUCCAUCUCAUAAACAAGGGCAAAUUUGGGGCAGCAGAAAAGUCAUUCAGAUUCUAUAAGAACGUCAGAGAUGAUGACAAGCGUUCCAUGUUGGAGUUCGAGGACAUGAAGCUAAUGCUGACCAAAGAGCGUGCCUUGAACGUAAAUGCCUUUAAUUACAAGGAUUUCGCUACCAGACCUGCCCUCAAGGCCUAUGCCAUCGCCAUGGUUCUUAUUCUGAGCAAUCAAUUCACCGGCACCUUCUGCUUCAUCACCUACAUGUCGGACACCUUCGCUCUCUCACACACCACCCUGGACAUCAGCAUGUGCACCAUUGUCAUCGGAGCCGUACAGAUUGUGGGCACCUAUACAACCACAUUGAUUUGUGAUAGAUUCGGACGUAAGAUUCUACUAUUGAUCUCCACGCUGGGCGCUGGCAUCUGCCUGGCCGCCUUUGGCUGUUUUACCUACUUAGCGAAGCUCUACGAUCUGUCCGUGUUGGGCUGGUUGCCUUUGUUGCUGCUCUCUCUGGACGUGUUCCUCUGCAACAUUGGUCUGGUGGGCGUCUUCUUUGUGGUCCUGGUGGAGGUGAUGCCUGCCAAGAUCCGCUCGGUAGCUGUUUCCACAUUUGUGGUUAUCCUUAGCUGCACCGUCUUUGUGUCCCUCAAAAUCUUUCCACUCUGCAUGCAAUAUUGGGGCAUCUCCAUAACCAUGUGGAGUUCAAGUCUUGUUGCAUUUGUCAGCUUCGUGUAUUUUAUGUUAUUUCUCGACGAGACUAAGGGCAAAUCUCUGCUGGAUUCUUAGAAGACUUGGUUAUCAGCUUGGAAGUUUUAUAAUAAAACUAAUUUUAAGAAUUUAAUUUUAUAAUAUAAAUUAU